AGGAUUUUCAAAAUAGUGAGAGACUUCCGAGACCUUUCCAUGUCUUUGAAAUUGAAGGAGAUAUUUCACGAGAAUCAUAUCAAAACGAGUUGUUAGGGAAAGUAGUACGUGUUGUCGGGACCGGCUAUUAUUGUGGUACAGUAAAAAUAAAAAGUCCGAUUGGUGGAAUGGUUAAACAAACUCAGGAAAAGAAAGAGUUUUCUGAUUUAGAAGAAACAGCAGUUAAAUCUCCAUAUGGAUUGAUUGAGAACGAAACAAAUCGGACUGAAAUGGAAAGUUUAAGUCAAACUGAAAACAACUCUGGUGAUGAACAGGAAACAUCAUAUAAAUCUGAUAUGGUAGCAAUAGACAUGGAAGGAAAGCAUGUUGACAAUGCUGAGGGAAGGUCUGAAGAUAAUGGAGGAGUUUUUAAUGAUCAUCCGAAUAGAGGAAAAGGCAUUGUAGAGAAAGUAUACUGGGAUAAUGGUGAAGAGGAAAUGGAAUGCGACAGAGAAAAACUUCUGCUGUUCGAUAUUGAAGAAACACAUGAAGACAUAGAAUGCGAUGGUUGUAAGGAAAGUCCCCUGCGAGGAAUCAGAUGACAUUGCGUGUCGUGUCCGUACAUUAAUCUCUGUACAAAAUGUUACAUGGCGGAUAAACACAACAGAGAUCAUAUCUUUAGACGAAUAAUGACUUCAGGGUUCAAAGGACCUAUUAUGCCCAAACGAUCUAAUAGUGAGGAAAAGGGUAAAAGAAAAGAAAUCUGCAGAAUAACAAAAGAUUGUGAUGUUACUGCUGUGACCACAAACAUGAAGGGUAAAGUCUUGAGGUUUUGGAAGGGAAAGGUAUCUAUGUAUGAAUUAGACGGGAAAAAUUAUCCAUUUCAACUUAAUACAGAAGAAGAACUGAUUGCAAAUGAUACUGUCCUAAAUAUGCUUUAUCUACCUUCAUUGACUGUUGAAAUGGUUAGAAACAUCCCAGGUAUAAGGGUGAUGAUGGAGGAUCCUACAAAAGAAAAUACGGAAACAAUGGAGACAUACAUUGUUGGAACCCUUGUAAAAUAUAAGGAACAUGAUGGCAAACUGGAACUGCAGAUCAAAUGGGACGGAAGCGACAACAAUAACCCAAAAGAAGAGCAGUACUGUGUACCUGGAGAGGAAAGUCCUUUGAAAUUAUUUGAUGCCGGAAUUGUGACUACCACAACGUGUAAAGGAUGUGGUAAAGAUGUGAACAGAAUACGUUGGAAAGGGAAUGAUGAUAAUUACUUUUGCACAUUUUGCAACAUCACAUCAGAAAGUGUAUCAUCAGAAUGGCAUUGUGGUCAAAUGUCUGGCAAGCUGACAGAUAAGGAGAUGUUGCUUAAAAAAACGAAAGUGAGGCUGUUCGAGGAAGAUAUUGUCAUUAAAAAAAGACAAGGAAAUUGCCUGUGGCCAUACCCAGGAAUGUGUAAAAACAAUUCAGAGAGCACAGAAAGAACUGGAAAAUUCCGAAAAAAGGAACUCUUAAUUCCAGUUCAAGUUCAAAGUGCGGAUGGAUAUAUUUUUCUGCACGAUAUCUGCGAUUUAAAAAUUAAGAGGGAGGAUGAAUGGGAUAAAGCAAAUCAGUUUUAUUAUCAAGAUCACCUCCAAAAUUUAGGACAAGAUGGAACAGAGUAUGUUGAAGCGAAGAUCAGACAUGGAGAAAAGAUGCACGUGACAGAAAUACAGAUACAUUUGUGGAAAGAAGGUACAUCCACGAGUUGGGAUACAUCGUAUAAUCCAUCUCUCCUCUUUAUUCUAAUGGAUGACAUGGAAGAAUGCCUUGAAGAUAUCAUAUCCUUUUUUAGAAACUCCUCUGUGCCCUGUUAUUUAGCUUGCCAAAAGGUCUUAUUAUGGAACAGUGAUCAAGACAUUGGCACAAGCUGUGGAGUACACCAUUCAACAACUAAACAAACUAUUGAAAAGUUGCUUGAAAAUGGCUGCACCAUCUUUAAAAUAAUGUCAGGGAAAGAAGAGGCAGACCUAAAAUACUUCAUGGAUAUGGCUAAGCGUUACCUUGGAGAAGAAGUCAUACCAGUGAUCUUAAAGUCAAAUGAAAAGUUCAAGUUAGAUGAGACUACUCUCGAAGAAGCCAAGACGGAAAUAAUACCAAUAGUAUCAGCUAAGAUUUCCGAUUUCACACGGGUCGCUUGGCCAUCAAAGGAAACUUUAAGCGAUGACAGAAAGAAGAACAAAUCAUUAUCAAACAAUAAAAUAAGAGGCUUGCCCAAGAAGCAAGAUGAUCGUCAAGACAUCGAUGAAUCAAACAUAGACACAUACAUUGUCAACACUUCUAGGCCAUGGGAAGUCAAGCAAUGGAAUAAAAAGAAUUUGUCAAAAGAGAAUCUGGAAUAUGGACAAUGGUUUUUCAAGACAAAAGAAGUGAAACUUGAUAAUAUUAUUCCUUUGAUUCUUGUUGGUGUUGCUAUGCAUAUAUUUCAUGUGAGAAAAGUAACAGGACUGCACGACAAAUUACAAAACAGUGGUGCAGUAAGUAUUAACUGGGAAAUAAUUUGUUUACUCACCUUCAUUGAAGUACACACAAUCAACAGAGAAGCAUAG